UUCUAAACAUAAAGUUGCAGGAGAGGCAGGUAAACACUCACAGGCACAUGCUGAAAAGAUCAGGAACCCCAUGACUGCAGGAACCGUUCUUGAUAUCAGAGUCCUGUCAGAAACCACUGGCACUAAGGUUGUCAUCCUAACAGAGGACAGCCAUGGCAGACUUACCAAAAUGCAGGAGUUGAGCCCAGGCACUGAACCCGCCAGUCAAACUGUGACACUGAUCUACAGACCAAAGAGUGCCCAAUACCCAGACGGCCAUUAUGAUGUGUGCAUCAAUAACCAGCCAGUGAGCAUAGUCAACAAGGGCAAGAGCUGCCUGUUUCAUGCUUUGGCAAGAGGCAUGAAACCAGAGGCCAGUGAGGAAGCAAUCGCUUUGGAAGCGGACCGCCUCCGAUCUGUGGAGGCCGACACUCUCCUCAGACACCCAGGCCAAUGGGAGUCUUUCGUCAAGCGCAAAGAGUGGACUGAAGCAAUCAGAGGAGGGGACUGGUACAUGGCAGAGGGAGCUGUACCAAAGAAAAUCAUAAAAGAAACCAAAACAAGACUUAAGAAAGAGGUUGGAACAAGUGAAUAUUACAAAGACUGGAAAAAAUAUGCAAAAAACAAUCCAGGAAUUGGACAGUUCAUCAAUGCAGAUCACCAGCCACCGGUUCAUAGUAUAUUGGAAGCUAGAAAAUUGAACCAGAACAGCAAAUUAGCAGAAGCCAUGCUUGAAGUGGCAACAAACUCAUCACCUCUAGUUAAAAAACUGAUUCCUGGUGUGCACAAAAGUCAUGGCCGUGAACUUCCAACUGUUUAUGUGCCUACAGAAAUACAUCGUGAGUUUCCCAGUACCAAAUCAAAAGCCUUCAGAACAUGCUUAGCUACCGCCAUAAGCUCAGAUGAUGUUGUGGGCACCUUCAAACUGACGAUCCUUGGUGCAAAUGUGAGAUUCAAGUUGAAUAGCAAAAAGAACUUCAAAAACUUUCAGAACAGCACAAAGAGUAAAACCAGGCUUGCCAUUUUUGAAAAGAGUUUUCAGCAACACAGUACAAAGAUGGUACAGACAUGGUUCAACCUGCUUCAAGGCAAUGGAGUCAUGACAAAGACCGAUCUUACCACCAUUACUACAUGGAUCAACAACAAGGGCUACAAUAAUCAAAACGACCCAUACUGGAACCAAGUCUCCAACCUCCUAUAAUGAAAAGUGAACCGACACCUGAGAAUAUGACUGGUGAACAAGUACCAUGAAAACUACAGAGAUCUUCCACCUCCCUGAUGAUCACCAAGAGACCUCUCUGGCUAUUCAGUUUUAUUUAUAUGGCGCCAAUUCAUAACAGAAGUUAUCUCAUUGCACUUUUCCUACAGAGCAGGUCUAGACUGUUCUCUUUAUAAUAUUAUUUACAGAGACCCAACAAAUAUGUAUAAUGAGGAUUGUUUUUCCUUUUGGUUUAAUUCAAAAUAACAUAAUUUUACUAUCCAAGGGGCUCAUUACAGAAACAAUCCUAACUGCUUGUCCUAUCUCAUUUCAAAAGUGAAAGAUAGGAAAAUCCAAAUUUGCCAUUACAGAAGGAAGUCCAAAGUUUAUUCUACUUUACACCCCUCUGAACUCCAUAAUGCAGUAAAACAUUGACUUGCAGAUGAUUUACCAACAACAUAACUAUUAAUGUGGCUAUUUUACACCUGUGCAGUUUUGCCAUCCGCCAUCUUGGUCUGUAAUGGGAAAAGUCCUAAAUGCUGUCUAAAAUUAGACACGGUAGAAUUUCAGAGUUAGGAUGUUUCUUUAAUGAGGACCCUUUGGUUUUUCACUGUUUAAAAGAGGCUUACAUCCCCAGUACAAACCUUGUUAGUUUUCCUAGCAAAGACUGUGAAGCAAAGCAACCAUUACAGCACGUUCCCUCAGGUCAUGUGACGAUUUUAGACAUGUAAUCAUUUUCAGACACUGCCUACCAUAACAAUUUGGACAACAUCAAAAAGGAGUAAACUUCAAAUGUCAAUGUUGGAUUAUAUAUGAUAUGAAUCUCCACUCAUACUAGCAAAGGAGGGCAUAUUGUAGGCCUAUUUCUAGUGCAAUGUUUCCAUUACUCAAUCAGGCUUAAAGCAUAGCAUAUCCUUGUGUGCUUUGAUUAUCAAUUUAAAAUUAAUUUGAUGCACUGCUUUUUAAAUCCAUACAUUUGUUUCUCACGUGUUUUUCUCUCUUCCAUUAAUUAGAUUGUUUUUUAAUAAGAGAUUUCUCCUUCAGAUACAGGACUGUACUGGGUAUGGUAUCCUCAGCAUCCAUAAUGUUAGACCUAAAGAAAUACUUUUACUGUCACUUCAUUUUGCAGAUGCUCUUAUCCAGAACAGUUUCUAAAGCAGUGAAGAGAAUACUUGUGUACAGUUUUGGUGAAUAUAUUUAUUUUCCGAUGCCUCUUUCUGUGCUUGCCAUUUCUUCCUAAAUAUAUUUUCCAAAUUGAAUUCCAAACUGUUAUCUGGUGAAGGAUGGAAGACAUAUCCAUCAAUGAAACCAUAACGCCUUGUGGUAGCCUCAAAAGCUAGAAAAAUAUAAUCAAGCAUAAGUAUCCGUCAAUGGAGCAAGCUAGCAACUAGCUAACAUUUGCCAACUUUCAACUUAUAAAGUCUGUAAUUCUUUUAUACAAGCUACUGAAACUGAGUGGCAGUUUUUCAAACACACCCUCGUGUAUUUCAGCUCUAUGUCGUACCAGUCUAAUUUCCUUUUCUAUUGGUGUGAGCACAAAGUAACUGCUGGGGUGAUUCUGCAAGAGCUUGACCCUGGAGGAGCUCCAGAGAGGCAGAAACUGCUUGCUGGACAUCACAGAAGGCUCAGAGAAACAGUGAGAAACUGUAUGUAACUGAGGAUAAUGCUGGGAAAUAAUGUAACUAUAGAAAGGGAUGUAAUGUAGGGAAAUCAUGUCAUUAUAGGAAGUGAUGUAAUGUAGGGAAAUCAUUUUGGGAAAUAUUACAGGAUAAAGCUUGAGAUGUGCCUCAGACAUGGAUGAGUAGUUGCUGAGCUGCUGAUUGGAUGAAGAGAAUAGAGGCGGGGCUUGGAGAGGGGGAAGCAGACCUGAUCAAAUCCCUGCCACAGUUUGGAUGACAGGAAUGUUCUUAACAAAGCUCUUUGCACUUGGUGAAUUCUUCUUCCACCAUAAAGUAAUCUUGCUACCUUCAGAUCCACCAGGUUGCAUCCAGUUCACAUUUUCCUAAAUUCUGUUUAUCACUGCGCCCCUGCUCUGUGUCUGCAGCAUCUCAUGCAUUAUCUUAAAAAUGGUGUCAAAUGUUUCAUUCAGGGAUUCAAUGUAACUGCAAGUGCUACAGCUAAAUUAAAACUGAUGUUCUGGGUAACAAUGAACUUGCAAUAUAUUCUGUGUGUUACUUUGCACAAUGCUCUCUCAUUAUGGCCUGAAUAGCAUGCAACCGUAUGUCUGAAAUACUUCUGUCUUAAUAAAGUGAGCUGAGAGCUA